AUGACUUUGGGCACCAGGGAGAAGAUAUGGCUGUUUGUUGCUGUGACAUAUUUGUUUCAGGGAGUUACUUAUUCAGAAGAACUGAAAAGAAUGAAGAGAGCUGUGGAUCCUGAAGCCUUUAUGAGUAUUAAUGAGCUCAUUACUUACCAAGGGUACCCCAGCGAGGAGUAUGAAGUGAUGACUGAAGAUGGUUAUGCCAUCACCAUUAACAGAAUCCCUUACGGUACUCAGAAUCAAGGAAGCCCAGCUUCAAGGCCUGUUGUGUUUCUCCAGCAUGGAUUAUUUGGGGAUGCUAGUAACUGGGUCAUAAACCUGCCCCACAACAGCUUGGGCUUCCUGCUAGCUGAUGCUGGAUUUGACGUUUGGAUGGGAAAUAGCAGAGGGAAUCGCUGGUCAAGAAAACAUCAAAAGUAUUCCAUUGAUCAAGAUGAAUUCUGGGCUUUCAGUUUUGAUGAGAUGGCAAAGUAUGAUCUCCCAGCAGCAAUAAAUUUCAUUUUGGAGAAAACAGGACAAGAAAAGUUGUACUAUAUUGGCUAUUCACAAGGUACUACUAUUGCUUUCAUUGCAUUUUCAACAAUGCCAGAGCUGGCUCAAAAAAUCAAACUCUACUUUGCAUUGGCCCCUGUCGCUGCUAUUAAGUAUGCUAAAGGCCCAGCAACAAAACUCCUCUACCUUCCUGGGAAAAUACUGAGGGGUGUGCUUGGCAACAGAGAAUUCCUUCCCCAUACUAAGAGUCUAACAAGGAUAAUAGCCCCUGUCUGCAGCCACCGAGCUUUUGCCAGGCUUUGUAGAAGUGUCUUCUUCAAUCUGGGUGGCUGUAACCUGAAGAACAUUGAUGUGAACCGAAUCGACGUGUAUAUUGCCCAAACCUCUGCUGGAACUUCUGUGCAGAACAUAGUCCACUGGAGUCAGGAGGCCCGCUCGGGGAAGUUCCAAGCUUAUGACUGGGGCAGUUCAAAGAAGAACAUGGAAAAAUACCAACAGACUAUUCCUCCUCUCUACAACGUAGAAGAGAUGAUGGUACCAACUGCAGUAUGGACUGGGGGACGAGACCUGCUUGCAGAUCCCAAGGAUGCAACCAUUUUAUUGUCUAAAAUUAAGAAGCUUAUCUAUCACAAGAAGAUUCCUGAAUGGGCACACCUGGAUUUCAUCUGGGGAUUGGAUGCACCUUUGCAUGUGUACAAUGAAAUUAUUGACCUAAUGCAGAAGUAUCCUUAA